AAUAAACUCAAAAACCUACUACACGGUUUUUCAUGCGGUUUUCCCUAAUAGAUAGUGUGAUUCUGGUUUUGCUUGUAGUUGUUUAGUAAUUUAUACCAAUAUUAAAAACACAUUCUUGCACAGAAAACUUACAAUAAUUCACCAUGGCCGAAUCGGAGGGGUCCAAAGUCUGCAUAUGUACGGACAUCAGUGACGAGUCGUCUACACUCCUCAGCCCGCACUGUGUAUGCCCCAGAGACGAACAUGACAUCGUCAUCCAUGAAGAAACCUGUCUCAUGUUCAAAAAUGAAAGGAUCAUAUAUCCCCACGAACCUGAGAUCUGCGAAUGUGUGACCCCGCCCUACGAGGAGGGGCUUUGCAAGUGCUGCGGUUGUCUCCCAGACCAGUGUUUCUGCAAGAGAGCCGGCAGAGAAGCUUUCGAUGAAUGGCGUGCGGGGCGCGACGUGGGCGAGAUGCCAGCAGUGCUGGAGUCCACACACCCGCUGAUGCAGCGCUUCCAGCAGACCCUCAAACAGUUCCUUGAAAAGGAGAACGCGAUCGCAGAGGAGGAGAUACUGCAGCUGAGAGAUGAUCUACGGCUAAGUAAGGAGGCGUAUGACGCUGACCUGGAGACAAUUUACAGGAGUGACCAUGACACCAAUGCCCAAAGGGUUAUGAUCGAAGAGUACGAGGCUACGCUGGGCCAGAAGACCAACGACCGCGAGCAGGCGGAGCAACAUGCCAAAGAGCUUGGUGACAGAUACAAGAAAUUGAAGGAUAAGCUAGACCAAGAUAUUGCCACGGAAAGAGAAACUAUACAAGAGGUGGAAGCCCUGACGACACUUUGCCGUCAAUUGGAAAAAUGGCGCGAAGAGACCGAGUCAGACUUGACCGUCAGCCAGCGCAUGUCAGACAAGAUGAGGGCUGAGAAGAAGACCUUGGCUGACGAGAAACGGGAACUGGACAUAAUAAUCUACGGUCUGAGCAACGAAGUGUGGAAGCUAGAGUCCAGGCUGGAGAUGUUCAAGAAACAGUUUGAAAUCAAGAACGCGGAAAUGGAAAAUGUUAACGAUAAAGUGACGGCAUACGCGUCCGAGCUGGAAGACCUGGACCUGGACAAGCGCCGGCUGGUGAGCCUCUGGAACGCGGUGCUGAUCAACAUUCAGCAGCGGGAUAAGGUGUAUGACUCUGUCAGGGACGACUACAAGAACCUGACAGAGAACUACCGCACGCUGGUCAACAACCUGGAGAUCACCAAGAAGGUGGCCAUGGAGGAGAUGAACAAAGGCAAGGAGCUGUUCAUGAACAAGGACAAGCUCCUGUACGACAUCGACCAUGCCACCAAGUUGUAUGAUGCGGAAGACACAAAGAAGGCCGCAUUCGAUGCACAGAUUUCUGAACUUCAGGAGUCUGUGGAGAUGAACGAACGAGACCAGGAAAUGAUAAAAUCAGAAAACUUCGCAAUGAUGAACAUCCUAAAGAGCACGGAGAAGGAAUACGACCACAAGGUGGAAGCCAAGCUGAAGUUGGAGAAUGACAUCCUGGCGAACCUUCAGGAGUGCUUGCUCAACGACAAGGCUGUCGAGUCUAUGGCCAAUGGAAUCAGGAAGAUGCGGGAGAUGUCCAGGAAGCAGGAAAUUUCUCUAAUGUCCCUCGAGACACAGCACGCAAGGAUGAUGCUGGAAAUAGAAGUGUACAAGAACCGGCAGGCGCGGAACAACAUCCUUCUAGAAGAAACCCUGAGCAAGGUCCGCAGUAAGGAGAAGGAGAUCGACCAACUCGAAGAGAAGUACGACCAGAAAGUGCUACUCAUUACCAAGAAGCAGCGGGAACUAGAUCUUACUAUCAAGAAAUAUACCGCAUUGAAGGAGAUUUUUGAUCUGAAAUCACCCCAAGAACGUCGUAUAGAAGAGAUGGAACAGCACAUAAAGGCGCUCCGGGAGAGGACGGAGCACUUGCAGCACGAGUGGCUGAGGCUGCAGGGGCACGUGGUGAAGCUGUCCGCGCAGCACCACAAGCUGGUGGCCGACAUCAACCUCAUCAACAAGCAAAUCCAGAUCUGUGAGCAGAAGAUAAUGCGUAUCCAAGUGGACUGCGACAACGUUGCGCAGGAACAGGUGCGCGUGGAGCGCGUGCUGCGCGACCUGCGCGGGCAGCUGGAGGUGCUUCAGCGCACGCGCAAGGACGCCGCCGAGCGAAACGUCAACGCGCAGCGGGCCAAUGUCGCCAUUACACACGAAUACACUGCCAAUUUAAAGGGUGCGGAAGCGGAAAUCAUUCAACUGGAAGAAGACAUCGACACGAUGGACAAGGAGAAGUCAAACCUCACGCAGGAACUGGACAAGAUUCAAAAAGAAGCGCUCAUUUGGCAGAGAAAGGGUAUAUUGGCGGUGGAGUUGAAGAGAAACAUCCAAAACGCCAAAUCUGCCGUUGGGGAGAUCGGGCAAAUGAAGAAUGAGAUACACAGAAUGGAGGUGCGUCGCGAACAACUUCACCGCACCGGCCAGAAGUUGGCAGAAGACCUGGCGCAGUACGUGACGCGGCGGGAGACUGCCAUGGAGAAGUCGAGAGCCGCGGCGGCCGUGGAGAAGGCGCACGGCAGCUCCACGCAGACCUCGCAGUUCACCUACCAUCACAAGCUGCGGCUGGCUAAAGCUGACCUCGCCAGGGUCACUAAGGAUCUGGCAGAAGCGAAAGCCAACAUGGAACAACUGUGUCAGGAGCAGGCAAUUUUGGAGAAGGAGGUUGAAGAGAACAGCUCCGCUAAUGCGGAGCUGGAGGAGCAAGUGGCGACGCUGCUGCGGGAGUGUCGCGAACUCGAGAGACAGAAACAAUGGAUUCUCGAGCGCGUGGUCCGAAGCCAGCGGCUCGGCAGCGAGCUAGCUACUGCUAUCAAACGGCAGUCAGUUCGGGUCCGCAAGCCCAAGUCCGUCGUCAUGACGGAGCACAACCAAGCUAAGGCACUCAACGACAAGUUGCGGUACGUAGUGGAUAACCUCGCGAGGGAAUACCCCUACCUGAGCGAUAAGUUCGAAGCGGUGUGCAACACCCUUAAUAUACAUAGCCCAAGUGAUUCCCCGAGAAUUGUGCAGGAGUGUGUUAGUACGGAAUGUAUUGUGGAGGAGGAGAAUAUGGCUGAAAGACCAUUGGAGUACGACGAGUAAUUUGUGCAAUACAUUUUUAUUCAAUUGUACAUUUUACGACCGACAUGAAAUAUUUUUAUGAGAGGACAGAGAUAUAUGUGCUAAUGAAUGGCUCCAAUUUUUGAUCCAAUUUAAUGUGUAGGUAGGAUAUACAGACAAAAACUUUUGGAGUACGGCGAGUUUAAUGUAUUUGCACAAAUGACUUCUGUUACUUGAUUUGAUCGCAUCCAUGGAAUUAGUAGGUAUUACUUACUAAAUCCAUGAUCGGAUCCAAUCCCAUGUGUCACAUACGACACGAAGAAACUGUCCAUUACAUUAUUGUGAAGAGCACGCCAAAUUCGAAUGAAAAAUAUCCAUACAAUAAUAGUAAGGUACGAUUGUACCAAGAUGUCACAGAUAUAUUGAAUGAAUUAUUUGUAACGCUAUUGCUUUACCCUCGUAUUAAUAGAUAGAAAUAUAUGUUUGCUGUGAAAUAUAUGUGUCCAUGACAAAUAAUGUAAAUUGACAUACAGACAGUAUUAUUAUUCCAUUUAUUUAUGAAUAAGAGCGUAAGCGUAGCGUUUUCAGGUUGCAGGAAAAAACAGUGUGAGUGAAUCGUGCUACGUGUGUGUGUGUGUAUGUUUGUAAUUACCGAGUAUUGUAAUGUUUUGUUUACCUUUCCUACGGAUAUUUACAUUGGUACUAUAUCUAAAUGUCAAAUAAAUUAUAUUUUGUCAGAGAA